CGCGUGACGUCCCGCUCCACUUGUCGUCACUAGCGCGACGCCUCCCGGCGAGGCGGGCGCCAUGGUGGCAGCGGGAUGCUCAGGACGGCCGCUGCAGCUGACGCUGGCGCUGCUGAAGCCGGACGCUGUGGCCCACCCGCUGGUGCUAGAGGCCGUGCACGAAACAAUCCUCAGCAACCGGUUCCUCAUCGUGCGCGCCAAGAAGCUGCGCUGCGGACGGGAGGAGAGUUGCCGCUUCUACCGGGAGCACGCAGGGCGGUUCUUCUACCAGCGGCUGGUGGAGUUCAUGGCCAGUGGCCCCAUGUGGGCUUAUAUCUUGGCCCAUGAGAAUGCUGUUCCUCUCUGGAGAUCCCUGAUGGGACCCACCAAAGUAUUCCGAGCCCGAAACAAUGUCCCGGACUCCAUCCGAGGAUCUUAUGGCCUCACUGACACCAGGAAUACCACUCAUGGCUCAGAUUCACCAGCAUCAGCCAGCAGAGAAAUUGCUUUUUUCUUCCCAGAGUUCAAUGAACAGCUCUGGUACCAGCAUGAAGAGCCACAUCUGCGCUGUAGGCAGGUGUAUUACAACGCAGAGGAGCGUGUUCACUGUGUGUUCAGGGAUGAAGAAACAGAGUUGACCUGAGUUACCCAGGGGUACAGAUCAAAAGGAUCUGCGGAAUAUUUCUGCAUUUUUGCAUUGCUGCUUUUAUUUUCACCAGCAGUAUCCAACGGUGGAUCUGCUCAUGAUCGAAUAUGCGUUUACAGAGGUCUGAAAUCUUGCUGUUCUUAAUACUACUGUCAAUUGAUAUUUUACUGAUUCCCUGAGUUUCUCUUAUGUGUGGUUUUCUUGUAACUAUUAACCCUUACUAUUUUUUCACCUUUCUUCUUUAUAUUGUGCUUUCUUUUUUGCAUAUUAUCAUUUAAUGACAUCCCAAAUUAAUUGCUGGCUUACAUUUCUCAUUUAAAAUUUUUUUUCUAGUCACUUGCAAUUAUUACAUUUGGGGAAACUGACCUUUUUAAAAUUUCAAGUACAAAUAACACUGGCUUAGUGGUGCAGUCUUUUCACAGAAUAAUUAUCAGAUCACAAUCAUCAUUACUUAGAAAGCUGCCAGUUGUUACGUCCUAAUUAACAUUUCUUUGGUCCACCAAGACUGUACCUGAGGAGAAGUUGUCAAAAUUGUGCAGUCCCAUUUCCCUAGACAGAGUGUUUAUUUUGCAAAUCUAAAGUUGUUUUGCGAACUUAUCAGGAGAUCUAAUAUUGAAAUAUUUGCUGUUAGAUGCAGAAGAUAGUGUCAAAAUUAUUUUUAAUAUCAAAGGAAGCCUUUGGAUUUAUGAGAUGACAGCAGAUGCUCUCGGUUCUGAGGACUCUUAUGAAUGUCUUUUUUUUUGUCUUUCUUUCUCUUCCCUUCCUUGUAAGUGCUCAAGAAAUGAUUUUAACUUCUCUGGUGACACUUAGCAUCUGUUUUGCAUACCUCCUGAUGCCUCUUGGUUCUGUGGUGAAUCACCUUUGAUUUUGUAACUUCCAAUGGCUUUAAAUUAAACCGAUUUCUUGUACCUUUUCUCACUUUUCUCUUCUUGCUGUCCCUCCCUGUCCAUAAUCUAUCUUUACAGAACAAGUUGAAACCUCUGAUUAUAUUUUUUUAACACCUGGGUCAAACCAUUCUUAAGAAAUCUUUGUAAUGCAUAGCAUAUGUUAUUUCUUCUUUUUCAUAAAGAUUUUUGGUUGCUUUAUUUGAGCUCCAAACAUUAUGUUCUAAAAUAAUAAAGGCAAGUUAUCUGAAUGCUGUUUUAGCUUAAAUUUGUAAUGUCUGAUGCUGCAACAAUCUCGUGUACAGUAGACGUUUGUACUUUGAUGGUUGUCCUCUUUUUUACUAAUGCUUAAAUGCCUUCUGCCUGUUGUUUAUUUGCACAGAAGCAUGGUACCUGAAUAUUAGACUGAAGGAUGCUGAACCAUACAGUUUCUGCUUUCUAGAGGAAGUGCUCCAGUAUUUCACAGAAACACCACAGUCCUGUAAACAUUAUUUAUCUUACCAAUUGCUUAGCUUCCAGACCUCUCCUUCUGCUCAGGAGAUGGGACAGAUUUCUGAAGAAUUUCUCUAGCGUUUCUUUUCUCUGGAAAAGAUAAACAUAGUCUCAUUUUACAUUUAAGUACUCAACUUCAACAACAGCUUGCAUAACUGACUACUUUUUUUUUUUUCUCCUCUAGGUGUUGUGUGAAAACAUGGAAGCCAGGUUUUGUUUGUCUGGGAUGUUUUGGAAGGAAAGGGAGCAAAUAAAGAGGAAACCUGGGUAAUAACAAUACUAGAUAGCCAAUGGGGAGCCUAAUAUAAAGAUGUUUGAAUGCAAGGGUAGUUCAUGUCCUGAACAUGUUAGUAACUGGUAUCAGGAUCUGAUGAAGAGAGAUGGAAACUGUUUCUGACUGGGAUCUACCAGGGCUUUGAACUGUGUAUCAUGUCGAUGUGGCUGUCUUGCUUCUGGACCCAGGCAAACCCAUGAAGCAAAUGUGGAUCAUUAUGUAGACAUGAGUACAGUCUGUCAUGUGUUUUUUCUUGCCUGUACCUCUACCUUGCAGAGCCUGAGAUUAAGUUUGGUUAACAAGUUCAAAUCUAGCCCCUACUUGACCUGUCUUGGACAUAAGGUGGGAAAUUGUUAGUUUUCUGUGAUAGGGGGAAAACGGUCCUGAUCUAAUUGUUUUUCUGCAGUUUGUUCCUCUUAUUCUUUCAUCUUCCUGUUCUGUGUAUACAGAGUUUAGUUUCUUUAGGACUGAAAUGCUUGGAGCGAAUGGAAAACUUGGGCUCAAUUCAUAAUAAGCCAAGAUAUUAACAGACUGCAAUGCAGGUACAGACAGACUGUGAAGUAUAGUUGUGUCAGCAUUGCACUUUUUCCAUUACUGAGAAUGGUGCUGCAUAUGACUUUUAAUGGCAAAUUGGACCUCUUACAAAAGAGACUUGCUUUAGAGCCAGUCCUACAACACAGGUAAUAAAAACGUCUCAGCAAUCAUCUGUAUCAGGAUUUUGCUGCCAGAAAACUUGUGCCACCUUGUGGAGGGAAGCAUUUGCAAAGAGCAGGUGAAGGGCAGGCAUGGCAGCUUCAGUUUGCUGCAGUCACCUCAGGCUUCACAUAGCUAUUGUGUACUGGAGGUGUCUCAGAUGCAACAGCAGAUUCUGGAGAAUCUGCACUAGCAGCUGCUUAGUGGCAUAUUUCUCUUCAGGAGAUAUAUCCAUAGUCACAGUGUUGAUACUGGAAAUAGCAUGACCAGCAAAUGCAGUACAAGGGUUCAGUUAUGGUACUGUCCACCUCUGCAAAGUCCUGUGGCAGCCAAUUUCAAAAGUCCAUUGCCUGCAGCAUAAAAAAAAAAGUUCCUUAUUUUUGUCUGUCUUAAUCUGAUCUGCCAUUAUUUUCCAUGGAGUGUCCCUUCUUCCUAGUGCUGCUGGAUUUCAUAAAAUCAUAGAAUAGUUUGGGUUGGAAGGGACCUUUAAAGGUCAUCUAGUCCAACGCCCCUGCAAUGAGCAGGGACAUCUUCCACUAGAUCAGGUUGCUCAGACCCCCGUCCAACCUGACCUUGAAUGUUUCCAGGGGUGCAGCAUCUACCGCCGCUCUGGGCAGCCUGAUGCUGAUUUGGGUAACAGCAGUUCUGUGUUCAUCAUAAUCACUGCCUUUGUGAUUUACUUACUUUGGUCAAACUCCACCUCUAGCUUUCAAGCACUAAUUCAGAUGUUAUACUCCCAAGAACAUGAGCUUACUAUGAUACAAGUUUAGUUCAGACUUAGACAAGAUGUUACUGCCUUCUACCAUGUGAUUUGAACUUCCCUGAGGUCCCAUUCUCAGGUUCUUCCGCAAGCCUUACUUCUCUGCCUCCUUUUUCCUUCCCAGGUAAGGAAAAUGGUAGAGAGUUGGGAAAAGCUGGUAGAUGUAGAAAUCUUCAUUGCCUCCAGCCCCUGAAGUCUUUUUGCUUAUAUGUUCACAAGUAACACUGGAAUAUAAAUUGCUGCUAUUCUUCUAUUGCAGACCAGGUACGUAACUGGGUGACUCCUCAGGUACAUGACUGUAGCGGCAGCUUUCACUUUGGGGAUAGUGAGUCCCUCCCCAUCAGAACUUUAUAACCCAGAGUAAAAAUGAUAACACCAAAUUGAAUCUACUUGACGCCAAGCUUGCGCCAUGCUGGAGAGAAGAGAUGCUAUCCAGAGGAACCUUGACAGCCCUGAAAAGUGGGCCUGUGUAAACCUCAUGAGGUUCAACAAGGCCAAAUGCAAGGUCCCGCAUCUGGGUUGGGGCAAUCCCCAGUAUCACUACAGACUGGAGGAUGGAUGGAUGGAUGGAUGGAUGGAUGGAGAGCAGCCUUGUGUAGAAAGACUUGGGGAUACUGGUGGAUGAAAAGCGAGACAUGAGCCGGCAAUGUGUACUUGCAGCCCAGAAAUCCGAUUCAUCUUGGGCUGUGUAACAAGAAGUGUGGCCAGCAGGUUGAGGGAGGUGAUUUUCCCCCUCUACUCCACUCUCGUGAGACCCCACCAUGAGUACUGUGUCUGGCUCUGGAGUCCCCAGUACAAGAAGGACACAGACCUGUCAGCAUGAGUCCAGAGGAGGGCCACAAAGAUGGUCAGAGGGCUGGAGCACCUGUGCUAUGGAGAGGGACAGAGAGUUGGGCUUGUUGAGCGUGGAAAAGAGAAGGAUCUAGGGACCUUUUUCACUCAAGGGACAACAAGGGGAGCUGAGACUAGGAAUGGGGGGUGGGGGGAGAAAAGGUGUUGGUCUGAAGCUGAGCCUGGGAAAGGGGAGGAAAGGGAUUUCCCUAAGUGUUUAUUUGUUAUCUUGUCUUUUUCAUAGGAUGGUUUGGGUUGGAAGGGACCAUCUAGUUCCAGCCCCCCUGCCAUGAGCAAGGACACCUUCCACUAGACCAGGUUGCUCGAAGCCCCAUCCAGCCUGGCCUUGAACCACUUCCAGGGAUGGGGCAUCCACAGCUUCUCUGGGCAACUUGUUCCAGUGUCUCACCACUCUCAUAGUGAAGAAUUUCUUCUUAAUAUCUAAUCUAAAUCUACCAUCCUUCAGGUUAAGGCCAUUCCCCCAUGUCCUGUCACUACUUGCCCUUGUAAACAGUCCCUCUCCAGCUUUCUUGUAGGCUCCUUUAAGUACUUGAAGGCUGCUCUAAGGUCUCCCCAGAGCCUUCUCUUCUCCAGGCUGAACAACCCCAACUCUCUCAGCCUGUCUCCAUAGCAGAGGUGCUCCAGCCCUCGGAUCAUCUUCAUGGCCUCCUCCAGACUUGCUCCAACAGGUCCAUAUCUGUCUUGUCCUGGGGACCCCAGAGCUGGAUGCAGUACUGCGGGGUGUGUGUGUGUCUCACAAGAGCAGAGUGAAUCAGUAAUUAAAAGUUUAUGUUAAUUGGCAAUAAGUGAAAUUCCUCAAGCUGAGUUUGUUUUGCCCAUGAUUGCAUGGAUUAAGGUCCAGGUCUGAUCUGAAGUGGAGCUCUUCAGACCAUGAGCAGACUGUGGGUGGAGGUCCUACGUGAGACUGGUCAGGGACCUUAAGACAUAUUAGCACCCUCAGGCCCUCACACUUUUUGCCUUUCUCCCUGCUCUUGGGAUUCUGAACUCGUGGUCACUGCAUCUAAGGCUACCUUCAGCCUUUACGUGCCUGACCAGUUCUUUCUUGAGUACCAUGUCUGGCAGAGUGUCUAUCCAUAUCCAGAAACCUCUUGGAUUGCUUUUGCCCUGCUUGGCAACAGAAGUGCUGCACACCUGCAUCCCUGCAAAAUAGCCUUGAAAAUGCUGGAUGUUGGAAGCAGACUCCAGGGAUGCUCAGAUUGUCUCAGGCCUGGCAUGGGGUCCCUCCCUCCAGAGGGACCAUGAGUCUGAGGUGUCCCAGCCUGACAGAUUGGGCAAAUUGCCCCCAAACUACCAGUCACUCUCCAUUGAUGAAAGAGAACACAGACUGACUAGUGCAGGUGAGGCUGUGUCAUCUUUGUGCUGUGCUAUGUAUUACUCUAAACAGGUCAAGAAAUCAGUGCUGGUGUCUUGAAUUCUGGCUAUCAAAUCAGCAGCACUGUCUUUCCCUGUAAAACCUUUAUCAAGGGCUUGUGCUGUGCUCCCUCUGCUUGCUCAGGGCAUGCUAUGUCCUGCCCUCCAGUGUUGCCACAAACACUCUUGCUAAAUUCCUCCAAUAGCAAAUCAAGUUCAUAUGUAAAACUGUAAACCAUACAUUUGUAUGAAAAACUCUCUCUUGGCUUCAUAUUGUGAGAUGUCUUUCCAGGUGCUUAGAUCAGACACUGUGGCCUGAGCCAAUGUGCUUUUGCUGCAGCACCUGUUGUGGUACCCACUCCGGAUAUGUAGCUGUGAUCUAGCUCACCUCAGCCAUGGAGUGGGUCUUGCACUAAAUAUGAACCUAUAUCUCCCUGUGCACUCACGUCACAGAUGGGUCAGGAACCUGUAGUUCCCAGUAAAAGUCGGGGAUAUCAAACUCCCCUUCGUACCUAUAACAAUCUGCCAUACCUAUCUGACGUGGCUGUAAUAUAUGGUGUAGAUAUACUGCUUCAGAGUGGAGCAGGAAUUUAGGCAAGAAGGCACAACUGGUAUUACAAAUGGCCAUGGAACUUCAGCUUUGUAUUUCCUGUUGCAAUAACUUAUGUUUUCCAUAAAGUUUACUGUCAUUCAGAUAUUAACUGCUAAAGCACUGUUAAAUUAUUUACCUUUUUCUCC